GUCCUCUGGAAUGCUGGGGGGGAAGUGUCUGCAUCUGGCCUGGACCUCCAAGAAGGCCCAAAGACAGCUGCUGACCUGUCAGGAGUCCUGAAAGCAAACUCAACUGUUCAUCUGCCUGUUGGACCAUCACACCUGACAUGGAAAACGUUGAGGUGUUUGACUCACCUGGAAAAGGGAGGGGACUAAGAGCCACCAAGGAGUCUUCAGGAGACGUGCUUUUCUCAGAACCCCCUUUUGCUUCAGUUGUCUUUGACAAUCUUUCGGAGAAGAUCUGCCACAGCUGUUUCCGCAGACAGGAGAAGCUGCAGCGUUGUGGCCAGUGUAAGUUCGCCCAUUACUGUGACAGAACAUGCCAGAUUGCCGGCUGGAAGGAACACAAGGUGGAGUGUGGAGCCAUCAAGGCCUUCGGGAACAUCGGGGACAACAUUGGCAAGACUCCUAAUGAGAAUAUCCGUUUGGCUGCCCGCAUCAUGUGGCGCCUGGAAGAGGGCAGCAUUGUGUCAGACACACAGCUGACCACGAUAGAUGAUCUGGAGGACCACAUCAGCGAAUGCCAGGACGACCUAAAAGAUUUGAAGGUGGACAUCCACAACUUCCUGGACUACUGGCCCCGCUACAGCAAGCAGCACCGGGUCGACGACAUCUCACACAUCUUCGGAGUGAUCAACUGUAACGGCUUCACGGUGAGCGACCAGAGAGGCUUAAACGCAGUAGGAGUGGGUCUGUUUCCUAACCUGUGUCUGGUCAACCACGACUGCUGGCCCAACUGCACUGUCGUCUUGAACCACGGCAAUCAGUCGGCUGUGAAUACUAUGUAUCACUCUCAGAUGAGGAUUGAGCUACGUGCCCUGGGUAAGAUCGAGGUGGGAGAGGAGGUGACUGUAUCCUAUGUGGACUUCCUGAACGUGACCGAAGACAGACAGAAACAGCUAAAAAUGCAGUACUUCUUUGAUUGCACCUGUGAACACUGUAAGGGUCACAUCAAAGAUGACCUUAAGAUGGGAGGGAAGGUGGUGGAUGGGAUCAAGGUACCAGAUGAGCUGGUGAACGAGGUCACAGAAUACAGUCGGGAGAUGCUGCAGAAGAUGGAAAAGGCUCGCCUCGACGGCAACUACCAUGAAGUUAUUAAGAUAUGCAGGGAGUGCAUAGAAAAACAGGAGCCGGUGUUGGCCGACACACACAUCUACCUGCUGAGGAUGUGGAGCACAGCCAGCGAGGUGUUAGCAUACCUGCAGUUUAUCGACGAGGCUGCUGACUACACACGCAAAAUGGUGGACGGAUACAGUAAAAUAUACCAUCCGCACAACGCCAGCCUCGGAAUGGCAACCAUGAGGGCAGGAGUGGCCCACUGGCAAGCUGGGAAGAUCGAGGUGGGACAUGGAAUGAUCUGUAAGGCCUACUCCAUCCUGCAGAUCACCCAUGGACCCACACAUCCCAUCACCAAAGACCUGGAGGCUAUGAGAAUGCAGACCGAGAUGGAGUUAAGGAUGUUCAAGCAGAAUGAGAUGAUAUACCAAAGCAUGCGAGAGGCAGCCCUGAAGAACCAACCAAUGACCAUGAAUAAUGAACCUUUGGCAGAGAGCGUCAAGAAUCUUUUCCGCCGGCCGAAGAAAUAACUUCACAACCUGGCAGAAUAAAGUUUAGAGAUUAAAGGGGACUUUUACAACUUGAUGUUAAUGUUUUCCUUACCCUGAAAUUAAUCAAUAUGCCAGGUAACUGUAAUACAGUUUAGUUUUUAAAUAUCCAUUAAAAACUCCCAGUAUUGUUUGCUAGUGCAAGCUGAAAAUCUCUGAAAAUCAUUGGAUGUUAGCAUGCGCUGUAUUAAAAAUGUAGGUCAAUCACCUGCGAACUCCGUAUUUGAUAUUAUUUGGUUUAUUUGAAUUAUAUUUAGGUCUUAAAGAUCUGGCUAAAUAUAAAAAUGUUCAUGCAUCCCUUUAGAAAUAUUUUGAUAGGGUGGACAAAGUUAUAGCCUACAAUAUUAGACUACAUACAUUUUCACAUUUCUGUAAAUUUGUUUUUACACAAUUUAAAACGAUUAAAUUAAAUAAUGCAAAAAUAAAAUACAGUUUUUGAUUCACAUUAGCAAUGAGAAACUCUUGCUCCGGAGUAAGGUGAACAACAUGCAUAUGCAGUGAUUUGGCAAGGCCCCCUGACCUAGAAAGCAUAAAAACAUUAGCUGGAAGUUUUGAUGGGGGAUUAUAACUGAACAAUUAAGGGACCUAUGAACUGUAAGCAAAUCUCCUCAUGACAGAUUUUAGGUAGGCUGAUACUAAUGGCCCUGACCUACAAUCAUGUUUCUGCCUUAAAGUUGUAUUUUAUUAAACCAAUUAGAUGUUGUAUUUUUUUUUACAGAAGGUUAAUUAGAGAUUUUUUUUUUAAAUAACUUAAAAGUCAGUUUUCACAGACUUGUUUCAGCUUCUGUCAGACAACCCGAAGAUAUUUCCAUGUGCAUCAGUCACAUUUUCCCUCUGGCAUUACAGCUGAUAUCUAUCACAUCACAUAUGUCAUAGCGCCCCCCCCCCCUCAUUCCAUUUAUUGUUCUGUAGCGCUAAAGGUGCUCAAAUAUGCUUUUGUUUUUCAUACAUUACUUUCAGGGUGUGGAACCGUCAAACUUGCAUCGGUGAAAGUCUCAUUUAAAUUGCUCAAAUCCAUGAAUCCACUCUUUUGCUAGGUUUGGAAACAGAUGUAGGUUGCCGCUUGAAAUGUCUAGACUAAAUAAACACAGUAAAGAAAUUAUUACACCGCUCUGCAUGCAUUUUGUAUGAAAAGUAAUGUCACAUUAAACUGAAAACUGUUUU